CUUCCUGUAAAGGCGAAGAAGAAGAAGAAGCGGGCUGAGGCGUCGGUAGCCUGAUCAAACAGGAAAAGUGGAUCUUCUGAAAGACGAUCCGAGGAACCUGAAUAAUCCAGCAUCUGUGGCCAACAUGUUGUCCGAGGGAGGCUCUUUCAUGAAGGGGGUGAUCCUGGGAGGCGUCUUCUGCUUGGUGCUGUCGCUCCUGAGUAGUUACAGUCCCACCACCGAGUCCAGGACAGAGGACCACCAUCAUCACCACGUCAAGGCCGCGAGUAAAGACGAGCUCAAGCAGUUCUCCGACAUCCAGCUGAAAGAGCUUAACGACCAAGUCCAGGUCUACUGCGUCAUCAUGGUCGAGCCGAAAAACUUGGUUUAUUGGGCCACUGCCGUGGACACCUGGAGCAAGCACUGUGACAAGCCUGUGUUUUACACCUCGGAGUCCUCCAAGGCGUUCGAGGCAGUGGACCUGAAUGAAAAGGACAACUGGGCCAGGCUGCGUAAAGCUCUGAAGCACGCCUACGAGAACGCCGGGGACCUGCGCUGGUUCUUCGUGGCGCAGCCUCACACGUUCGCCAUCAUCGAGAACCUCAAGUACCUGGUGCUCACGAAGGAUCCGAACGAACCCUUCUACCUGGGCAAGGCCGUGAAGUCGGGGGAGCUCGCGUACGUGGCGUACGACGGCGGCAUCGUCCUGAGCUACGAAGCUCUGACGAGGCUGGUGAAGGUGUUCCAGGACGAGGACAAAUGUCCGGCGUCKGGGCGGGCCCUGUGGAAGCUGAGCGACGACAAGCAGCUGGCCGUGUGCCUCAAGUACACCGGGGUGUUCGCGGAGAACGGCGAGGACGCGCGCGGGAAGAGCCUGUUCAACAGCAAGAGCGUGGACAGCCUGAUCAAGGAGAGCAUGGACAACAACCCCAACGACGUGGUCGAGGGCUGCUGCUCCGACUUGGCGGUCACGUUCGCCGGGAUGACCCCAAACCAGAUGCAGGUGUUGAUGUUUGGAGUUUACCGACUGCGGCCGUACGGACACGACUCUCACGACUUUUUAACGUUUUACCCUCCCGUGGGUUCAGACAACGACUGAAAUGGACGCGUUUUUGUCGAGUCUUUGCUUCUAUGAUGGCAAACCUAACUUUUGGGGGGGAGGGACAAGUUUUUCUUAUGCUGUUUGUAAAACUGAGAUGCUGAGUGGGAGAGAAAACUUCGAUGUACGUUUACACCUUUUGCACUUAACAUAAUUGGACCUGAUAGCUCUGUUCUGUUCGGAAACACAGUUGGUGGGUAAACUGUUCAGAGCUGGGAAAUGUGUCACAGUUGUGACAAACAAUGUUAUCUUAAUUAAUAUUUGGUUAUUAAAGGUUUUCUGUAGAUUCCAAAUGCCACUUGAUGAACUAUGUUGAUAUUUUAAAUGCGCGGACAUCUCUGCCACAAUAUUUUAAAUCCACGAUUGAAUGAUUUUACUGAAGCAACGUUAUGAUGGAAACACAUAUUUCAUCUUUUGUGUUUCUUUUUUUUUUUCUGAAGAACUGGCUGUGCACACACUACUUGUUUAUUCAUUGUCAAAGCUAAAGUAAACAAUCUCAACGGGAAUAUAUUCCUGUUAUACAAAUGUGGCUAUCAAUUUGUCCUCAUUCUGGAUAUAAAAUACUAAUUUAGAAACUUGA